CUGUGCAGAGAUCUUACAGAGGGGAUUCUCACAACCUCCAUUUCGGUUGGUCCAGGUACAAUGCCCAGCGUAUUUGAGAAAAUCACAAGAGUUGUGGUCCAAGAGAUGGAUGCUAGAGGGGAUAUGAUUGCUGUCAGAAGCCUUGUCGAUGCUAACAGAUUUCACUGCUUCUAUCUGGUGUUGGAGAGGAGAAAUUUCUUGGGAUGCCGGUACUACAAGACAGACCUCACCCUGAAGGACAUACUGGAGACAGAGAAGGGUGAAGGGCAGUUUGAUGAGCUGGAUUCUGGGUUCCAAGGUCAAAAGGCUGAGUUCCAAGUUACAGACAUGGUAGACUCAAAGGGAAUGUUGACAGUGAAAUCACCCAAAGAAAUAACAAUUGCAGGGGCCUUCCACGGCUCUCAGGAGCAGAGAAUCGAGAUAUUGGCGACUCAGAUAUCCCCACAAUAUCUGGAUUCCCUUGAGAACAGGAAGCUGAAGAGAAAACUACCUGCUUUUUUCCGAUCAAUCCAGACAAAGAGAAAAGACCUCUAUCUGGUGACAGAAACUGUGGAGACAACAAAGAAGGAAACCCUGGAAAGUAAAUGGCAGUGUACAUUAUGGAGCAAGAUAAAUUUUGGCAGUUUCAAAUUGGAACACAAGCACCAAAGGGCAGUGACCAUCCCCCCGAAGUGCGUCCUGGGCUAUCGAAUAAAGCAGCUCGUCUUCCCCAACAUGGAAAGGAUGAAUAUUUGUUUCUUGGGCGAAACAGAAUCCUUUCCAGAAGAGAAAGAUGGUGGUUCAUCUUGCUUAGGGAAGUCCUUGAAUUUGGAGGAUUUCAGAAACAUGAAGGAGAAGGUGCAGGACAUGGUGAUAGGCCUCCAGGAUCUGACUGAGGAGGAGCAAAAAGAUGUGCUAAGCUGCCUCACUGAAUGCCUCAGCAAGGAUGGGCAGCUGCAGGAUCUAGAGCAAAGAGUGUCUGAGGUCCUGAUCUCUGGUGAGCUACAGACGGAGGGCCCAGCAGGUCCUCUCAUAAGUAGCCUUUUUAACGAUGCUGGCAUCUUGGUACAGGCGCGCAUAGAAGCCAUUCUGGAUGUCCUGGAUGCCUUGAUGGAGCUGUCUGAGGAGCAGCAGCUUGUGGCUGAGGCCCUAGGGAAGGGGACUCUGACCCUGUUGAAGGGCCAGGUUGAGUCUAUCCUGGAGCAGAACCCCGGUGAGCAGCCCCAUGAGGUGGGCUGUGACCCUGAGGCACGGAUUCUCUGUGCUCUCUAUGUUGCUGUUUCUAUCCUGCUGCAGCUGAGUGAGAAGCCUACCUCUGUGUCUUCCUAACUGUAUGUUAGCUCUUUAACCAUUCUCCCCACUAGCCUCUGGCUGCUCCCCUUCCCAGUCUAUCUUUAUCCUGCCUACCCGCCUCAUCACCAGAAUGUCUUUAAAACAAGCAGCUGGCUAUUCUUUGAUAAAUCCUAUUCCCUACUUGAUAAUGUCCAAAAAUCAGCCUGGAUUGUAUGCUUGGCCUUCUGAUUAAAAGUGGCAGAUUGAUCAUA